GAUUAACGUAUAAUAGCAGCUAAUAAAGUCUGAACAGUGAUUGGAACAUUUGGCAAAGGAAAUAUCCAACAAAGAGGAAAAAGUUUACCCAAACUAUUUAUAUAAAUAAUCACAACCUUUUGGAUCACACAGCAACUAUCCAAUUGUUUGUGAACAAUUUUAUAAAGAAUUUUCUUACUUUUAAAAUUAGAGCAUAGUCGAAACAAAAGCAAAUUGCGCUUUUAAGAUAUUUAUAUUUCUAUACAGAAGAUACUACAUUUUUUAUUCAGUUUUUUGAAUUUAAAAAUGUAGGGACUUUCACAUCUAACGCUAAAGUGGUAGUAUUGCAAGAUGGCGUCCGAGAAACCCGGGAGCUUUCAACAAGCAGUUUCGGACUCAGACCAGGAAGAGCUUCGAGAAUUCGGUUCUAGCCUGAUUAGCAUGGAAAAUUUAGACCGGACUUCUCCAGAACUGUGGCCAGAGAAGAUUCCAGGUGUGACCGAAUUCAUCAACAGCUUCCAGACAACACCCAACAGCACCACCAAGCUGCCCUACUCAAAGGAACUCACCCACGAAGAUCAGAAUUAUGUACAUCAACUAGCUACUCUCUCAACAUCAGGCUUAAUUGGAAAAGUGAAAGAGCUACAUGAUAUUGCCUACCAGCUAGGCAUAGAAGAAUCGAAAGAAGUCACACGUGGGAAGUAUCUGAACCUGUUUAACAGAGAUAAGAAACAUAAAUAGGUUUAUUUAUAAGAAUUUAUUGUUAAGGGCUGUGGUGUAUAUUUUUUACAUUGAGAAGUGAUAUUUAUGUUUUAUUAGAUCUUAAGAUGGAAUAUUUUUGUACAUUUUGAAAAAAUAUAUAAUAAAAAUGUAA